AUGUUUGCCGCCAAAAGCCUGAAACUGGUUCCCAAAUUGGGCACCCGAGGCUUGCAAUCCAAUGUGCUAUCGGGGCCCCCUCGAGUGCACAUUACCCCAAUGGAAAAACUGGCCCACGGCGUCGCCAUCGCCGUAGGAAUUUGCACGGUGCCCGCCUGGGUUCUCGUCAACAUUAAAAAUUACCGGGCCCAAGAAUAG